AAUUUUAUAAUUUAUUUACAUAAAUUCUUUAUUCCAAGCAGGAAAAAUUUAAAUUUAAACAGGUUCGUUGAUUACGUAAAUUUUGAAAAAUUUUUCUCGACCAAUCAAAUUCGAAUAUGAUGUUAAAGUGAAAAUUAACGUCCUUAUACGGAUCAAAAUAUCCAUACUAUCCAGGAUACAUGUAUCUAAUAGCACCGAUAUCGCUUAUAAUCUUAAAUCCUAUAGGAUUUUUAAUGAUGGAAAUUGAAAAAUUCCGUUCUACUAAUUCGAAUAAAGAUUUAUUUAUUAAUAGAAGACAAAUUAUAUUUAAAUUUACCAAAAUGAUUUUCUCAAUAAUUUGGGAAGUGUUAACUAAUCCAAAUGUUUUCAUGACAUUAUUAGGAGUCCUUGGUAAUAUAUUUUUAAGAGGACAAUUCCCCGAUGUAAUCAUUCGAAUACUAGAGGUCUUGAGUAUGGCUUUCGAAGCAACUGUAUUAUUUUUAUUAGGCUUUAGUAUAUUAGGAACAGGAAGUAGUCUUGCUGGUGCUGGACUUUUGGUUCCUGGGAUAUUGUUAGCUGUAAAAAUGCUAGCUUCACCUCUUAUUAUUCGUGCAACUGUACAACUUUUAUGUGCAACAUACCCAGAUGUCGAAGAUUUAGCAAAUUAUGGGUUUUUAUAUGGAAUGGUUCCAACUGGACCCAUUGUAUUGCUUUUUGCUAAUCAAUACAGCCUACCUACAGAAGUGCUCUCCGCGACGAUGGUAGUUUGCACUUUUCUUACUGCACCACUUAUGUUCGUUUUAGCAAAGAUGGUCACCAUGCAUGUGAGUGGUGUAGCCGAAUACGCCAUGCAAAUGAGCAAUACUCUUCUGGUCCUGGGAAUAUUGGGAUUAUUGGCAUCAGUACAGAUUUCUUUUCCUCCUGCUCUUGCAAUUAAUAAUCUUCUCGAAUGUCCUAAGGUUACUUAA